AGCCGGCGCCGGCCCCUGGAAUAAAGUCGAGAGAAGGAGCGGAGAAAUGUGACCGAGAUGGGGCAGUUGGUAGAGGGAGGAAACGAAUAGGCGAGAGAAGGAAAAAAACCCAAAAAACUACAACACGAAAGAGAGAACAAAGAAAUCGCGAUCCUGGAGGACAGGCGGCAGCGGCGGCUGGGCUUUUGGGCUGCGGGGAGAAACUUGCGGGGCUGCCGGAGCAGCAGCGAGCAGACGGCUUUGUCUAAAAGCGCUUGCAAAAGCACCACCUAAUCCUGCUGCUCCCCUCCCAUGCUGAAGGGAAGGAGGGAGCCCGGGAGCCAGAACGCAGGGGGAGCUGCUGGGGAGCGCAGCGGCCGGUCAGCGCCCGACAUCCCCGCGGAGCGCCGCGGGUCGCCGCUGGGUUUGGGCUCCCGCAGGUCGGGGGGUCCGGGCCGCCCCUGCCUUCACUGCCCCGCGCGGCCGGGGGUUGCCGGGCGUUGGAAACCGACUGCAAAGCUAGGAGAUUUCAAAGUGAAAUUCCGGAGGAAAUUUAAAGAGCAUCCGGAUCCGGAGAGAGACAGAGAAAGAAAGAGGAAGGGAGAAAUAAAUUACAACGUGGAGAGAAUCUAAGGCAGCUGAAGAAAGGACGGGAGAGAAAAGAAGCUGACGCCUAGGCAGAGAUGGGGAAAUGAAUCACUGUGGAGACAAAACCCAAAAGGAGUCUCAGUCCAGCUAGGAGACCUGAGAAGGAAGCUGCUGGAGGAGAGACAUAUACUAACUCCACUGGCCUGUAGCCUGUCUUACACUUACUAACAAAUGUCAACAACUAGCUGAAUGCUGAUCCCUGGGUGAAUGUGCACUUGCUAACCUUGGGGCACUGUUGCUGCUAUGACUGGGCUGUGGUCUUCAGAAAUGUGUGAAGACAACUGAGCAGGACAGAUGAGAUCUAGAGGAAGGGAGCAGCCAAUCUUCAGCACCAGAGCCCAUGUUUUCCAAAUUGACCCUGCUACCAAAAGAAACUGGAUCCCCGCCAGCAAACACGCCUUGACUGUCUCCUAUUUUUACGAUGCCACGCGCAAUGUGUACCGGAUCAUCAGCGUGGGAGGCACCAAGGCAAUCAUCAAUAGCACUAUCACCCCCAACAUGACCUUCACAAAGACAUCCCAGAAAUUUGGACAGUGGGCAGACAGCCGAGCCAACACAGUAUAUGGAUUGGGCUUUGCUUCAGAGCAGCACCUCUCCCAGUUUGCAGAAAAGUUCCAGGAGGUGAAAGAAGCAGCUCGUUUGGCAAGGGAGAAGUCCCAGGAUAAAACAGAGCUGACCAACCCUGCCCUGAGUAUCACAUCUCACCAGGUACUUCCAAGCCCCAUCAUCAGCUCUAAUGGACCAGGAGAAGAUAAACUAUUUAGGAGCCAAAGUGCUGAUGUUGAGAUAAGCACAGAGAAGGAGCGUCUGAAGAAGAUGCUUUCAGAAGGCUCAGUGAGUGAAGUCCAGUGGGAAGCUGAAUUCUUCAGCCUUCAGGACAACAACAGCAAACUUGUGGCUGCUCUCCAUGAAGCCAAUGCCAAUGUGGACCAGUGGAAGAAGCAGCUGGCUGCGUAUCAAGAGGAGACGGAAACACUGCGGCAGCGGGUAGCAGAACUGGAGUCACAGGGGGCUCAUGACUCCUCCAGUGAGAACAACAAGGAAGAGCUGAGCCAAACUCUGGAAGAACUGGAACUGCUGAUCAAGGCUAAAGAUGAGGAGAUUCAGAUGCUGAAGAGCCAGAAAUGCAGCCGAUGGGAAGCAGAGGGCGAGCGUGAGGAGACACUACAGAAGCUCCAGGAGCUGGAAGCACGCAACGCAGAGCUGGAGCGCCGCCUUCACCUGGCCGAGCAGACGCUGGCAGAGACCCUGUCUGAGAGGGAGAAGAUCCAGAAUGAGGUCACCAAGGUGGCAGAGAUAAUGGACGUGAAGAUUUUUGAGCUCAGUGAGAUCCGGCAAGGACUAGCCAAGCUGGUGGAGAGCAACUGAGCAGCAGCAUGCUCAGAGGAGACACCUCCGGAGGAGGGGAGCCUGACCUGGGACUGGUCACUGACAGCAGUUUUGAUCACAGAACAGCCGUGAGGUCUGUUUGGGCAGGAUAUGCCAACAUACCAGCAGCUGCCUGGACAGUGUGGUGACCAGCUGCAGCCACUUACUGCCCACUGAACAACGAGCUGGAGAGCAGAGAGGGCCUGAGCUCCUGUAUCCUCCACAGGAAGCAUCUACAAGUCACAGCCAGGCUUCUCUGGACCCUGUCGUGGCUGUGGCACAGUCCAGAGACAGCAGCUGUCCCUCUGCUGCCUUCCCAGCCUCCCUGCUGCCACACUGUGUCUCCAUUUUUACAGUUUUCUAGGGGAAGGGGCUGAGCAGCCUUUGCAUUUUUUUCAGUAGUUUUUUAGGGAACCACUUGCCUUUUGCAAAAUAAGCUGCUUAUUUCCCAACUUAGGGAGGGAAAAGAGGUAUCAGCACUUUGAGGACAUCACUAGCUCCUUUUCCAGCCCUAACUACACCGUGUCUUUCUAACAGGAUGCAACAACACUGGUUGCUGUCAGGAGCUUACAGAGGUUGCAGAGUCCCCAGUGCAGAGCAGGGUACUUGUCUGCCCAAGUGCUGUUCAGUUCCAGCCUCCAGAGGAAAAAGAACUGCAGAAAAAGCUCUUAUUAGUUUAACACAGUGGGAUUUAAUGAAUUCUUAAAACUUCUUUAAGCUGAGAACAAAGGCCUGGUUGGGAAAGGGGCAUUUGAGAAAUGGGACGUGCCCGAGGGGAUGGCCAACCAACUGCUAGAUUGGCAUCUCUCCUGGCCUCUGAGGGCUGUAGUUAAUUGAAAUUAAAUGGAGCAAAUCACAGUUGCUCUUGUUUGGUUUUUUUUUCCUCUCUCUUUUAUAGGGAAACAGUCCACAGAGAUGUCCUGCUCUGUGUCAGAUGAGCAGUGUUCCUUUUGAAGGGUACAGGUCCCAGCUUGCCAUGCUUAGCCAGAUUCAGUGAGAACAGGAGGCUUUUGGAGCAAGCUGGGACCAGUGCCCCGUAGGGCCUGUGGGAAGUCUGUGGGUUACUGUAGAUGUUGUCUGGUAGGAACUGAGCAAAGCCUGAGGGAGACACUGCAGAAACCUGGAAAGUCAUGUCUCUCUCAUGGUGUCCUUUGAGCCCCCGUAGUUACUUAGGAGCAUGCAUAGCCCUGUGCUGAAUGACAAAGCAGUGUCUGUGUAGAAGUAGAUAGUAACCUUACAGGAGUGCUGAUUUGGAUUUUGUGGUUGUUUUUUGCCCUCUUUGCUGCUAUAGAUUAGGCAAAGACAGCAGUAAUCCUGGGAAUGUUUCCCAGGUCUGCAGAAACUGUAAUUACUUAGCAAGCACCGGCUGCCAUGUGAUGCCUUCUCUGCAUCCAGACAAUCCUGGGCAGACCAGCAUCAAGGCAGUGCAGUUCCUCAGGGCCUCCCUCUCCUUUCACUCACCUGGUGACCAAGAGAGGAACCCACAUCUUCUGCACGCUGCCUGCAAGUUGGGACAGGACUGGGUCUGGCACCUUGGGAAUCUGCUGGAGUGGAGAAUUGCUGGUGACUCUGUGCUGGAUUGUGUCUAGGCAAAGCCCAUCCCUUGCACAGGGAUGGUGAGGAAACACUGAAAUUUCCAGACCUGUGUAGCCAGGGAGGGGCAUUUCAGUUUGGAAGUUUUCAGGUUAGUUUUCUUGUUUGUUUUUCUUUCUCUCUUUCUCUCUCUUUUUUUAAUUAUUAUUCUGUUGUUUUUGUUGCUAUUGGUUUCCAUUUUAUUUUGUUUUGCAUGAAGUGUUCUCACAACUGUGUAGGGGUGGAGCUGUUGUAGUAAUAUUUGUUUCAGGGUAUUUAAGAAGGGAAGAAAGUAAGCUGGCUGGCAAAGUUCUCUGGGGACUUGUAUACACAACCCAUGCCAGUGUUCACUUUUUAUUCCAACAGGAGCAGCCUUCUUUGAAAUAGAGAUCAGCUCCAAGAAA